AUGUUGAGAGAGAGAUCUCGUUCUCCUCCUCGGAGAGGAUCAUUUUCUAAGGAAUCUCGUGAUUACUCAAAGAGAGAUUCUUACUCAAGAAGAGAUUAUGGUUACUCUCGUGGUGGAGGAAGAGACCGUGGUUUCGAUAGACGUGAAAGAGGUGGACUGCGUGGAGGCAGAGGUGGUCGCGGAAGAGGUGACUUUAGAAGAGGAGGUGGCUACUCCAGAGAUAGAGAUGAUAGAAGAGAUGGAAGAGGAGAUCGCAGAGAUGGUGGAUUCCAAGCUUCUGCUGAUGAGUCCCGUAAUAAGAAUGAUCGUAAUUACGACAACUCCAUUUUUAUCGGUAACAUCCCCUUUGAAUGUACUUACAAAGAUGUUGAAGAUAUUUUUAGGGGUGAUUUUGAUUUGAUUAGAGCCGAUAUUGUUACUUCAAGAGGUCAUUCUCGUGGUAUGGCUACCGUUGAAUUUUCUAAUGCUAGUGAUGUUCGUAAGGCUAUCGAUAGAUUUGACCACUAUGAAUACAAAGGAAGAGAAAUCUUUGUUAGACAAGAUUAUCCCCCUCCAAGUGAAAAGAGAAGAGAAGCUAGAGAAAGAAGUGAAAGAAGUGGCAGAUCUGAAAGAGGUGGUAGAUCUGAUAGAGGUGACAGAGACAGAGAAAGAGACAGUAGAGGAGACAGAUUUGGAUCUGAUCGUUAUGGAUCAAAGGAAAAGUUUACUGGAGCUACAAAAGAUGGGUUUGAAGUUUUCGUUGGAAACUUACCAUUCUCUAUUAACUGGCAAGCAUUAAAAGAUUUAAUGCGUAAGGCUGGUGAUGUUUCCAGAGCCGAUGUUCGUUUAGAUAGUUGGGGUAAAUCUAGAGGUUUUGGUACGGUUGUUUUCCGUACUCAAGAGGAAGCAGACAAGGCCAUUGAUUUAUUCAACGGAUAUGAAUUAGAAGGCAGAAGAUUGGAUGCUAGACUUGGUCGUGGUAGUGGUAGCCGUGGCAACGAAGGUGGUCAUGAAGAAGGUAGAUUUGAAGAACCAAUUACUGAAAACCGUAAUACUGAAUUCACUGAAGGUGCCACUGGAGAUGGAGAAAAGAGUAACACUAUUUUUGCCGGUAACUUACCAUUUGUUACCAGUGUUGAAGACUUAUAUGAAUUGUUUGAAAGCAUUGGUCGUGUUUCUCGUGCUGAAAUUCAAUACAAUUCCAAGGGUAAACCAUCAGGUAAUGCAGUUGUUGAAUAUGAAUUGGAGGACAAUGCUCAAUUAGCCAUUGAGAAUUUGCACAACUAUAAUUAUGGUAAUAGAGAGUUACAAGUUUCUUAUGUUAAGAGACUUGGUGAUGAAGAUAUUCCAAUUACUGCUGCUGUUGCUGCCGACGAAGAUGUUCCUAUUGAUGAACAACCUGUCAACGAGCAACCUGUUAAUGAUGAGAUCAUUGUUGAAGAAGGUAAAGCUCAACCUGAGUCUAUUGCUGAAGAUGCUAUGGAAGAUACACCAGCUGCUGAAUAA